ACCGAGACGCAUGCGAUACUGCGGUUACCAACACGAUGUCUACGUAUUAUAACAUGAUCUAUGACGCCCAGACAAUUGCGUAACACGCGUAUAGCAUAAUGAGCCUAGACGAAUUAGAUCAAGUAUAUCACAACAAGGUUUCGAGAUUUCUGACAACGAAGACGAAGAGAUAGAGGAAGUAGAUAUUAGAAGCAGAAGCAGAAGUAGGAGUAGAAGCAGAAGUAGGAGUAGGAGUAGAAGUAGAAGUAGAAGUAGAAGUAGAAGAAGAAGAAGAAGAGAAAGAGAAAGAAUAAAAAGAGAAGGAAAAAGAUUAAGAAGAAAAAGAAAUUCGAAGCUAGCGCGGCGCUAGGCGCCAAUAGACUUGCGACGUCGCGUUCGAGUUCGCGACUCAUCCGCCAAUAGUAGUUAUCCGUGAUGCUGCACGCGAGGAUCGUUGUUGGCGGUGUCGCGACGUCGUCCCGUUUUAUGUGUUCUACCACGUCGAAUAAUUUGUCACGUAUUCUUUUACGUUGUCGCACAAAUGUCGAAAAGAAAAUUCGAUCGAUCGGUGACCGUGCGGUCAAUCGUGGCCAAAUUACUCGACAUGACAUGCACAGUAAUUACCUGAAAGUGUUGGAGAAAUGCAAAUCAAAGAAACUCCCACCAGAUGUCAAUCAUAAAGGUGUUUUCGCUUGCAACGAGCUCGACCUAGAGGAAGUUCAAGUUUAUGGAUUCGAUUAUGACUACACUCUUGCUUGUUACAAACCCUCUAUGGAUUACCUUCUUUAUAACUUAGGACGAGACAUGUUAAUACAAAAAUACAAGUAUCCAGAAGGUAUCAGUGAACUCGAAUACAAAGAGGAUUUUGCUGUUCGUGGACUUCAUUAUGAUAUCGAAAAGGGUCUAUUGUUAAAACUCGACAGUUUCUUACAAAUUCAAUUUGGUACUGUUUAUCGAGGUUUACAUCCGCUGCCAAACGAAGAUGUUCUCAGGAUCUACAAAAACAGGAUUAUUCCAAUAGCUUAUGUAGAAGCACCAAACAAACACUCACAGCAUAAGGAUGGUUUGCAUCGAACAAAAAUGGUCCAACUGGCAGAUCUAUUUUCUGUACCGGAAAUGAGUCUAUUAUGCAACGUCACGGAAUACUUUUUAAGGAAUCAUAUCGAUUAUCAUCCGGAAAUACUUUUCCGAGAUGUCAAGAAUUCCGUGAAAAAUUGUCAUCCCAUAAUGCACGGUAUGGUAACGGAAAAUGUAGCCGAAUAUCUAGAACAGAACAAAGAUUUGAGGAGGUUCUUUGAGAGACUCAAAAGUGCUAAGAAAAAUAUGUUCCUGGUGACGAACAGUCCAUUUCAUUUCGUAGACAUAGGUAUGAAAUUUUUGGUCGGCGAUAAUUGGAAGGAUUAUUUCGAGGUGGUGAUCGUUCAAGCGAGAAAGCCAAGAUUCUUCACGGAGGAAUCACGGCCAUUACGAAUUUACGAUGAGGUGAAUAAGACUCAACUCUGGGAUCGUGUAACCAAAUUACAAAAAGGUGUCAUAUACUUAGAAGGUACGGUUAAACAGCUGCAAGAUAUGACAGGAUGGCGAGGACAUCAAGUGUUGUAUUUUGGUGAUCACCCGUAUAGCGACCUGGCGGACGUAACUCUGGAACAUGGUUGGAGAACCGGUGCAAUAAUUAAGGAAUUAACUCAUGAAAUUGAAACACUAAAUCAUCCAAAAUUCAAAGAGAACGCAAACUGGCUUCAAAUGUUGACCGGUUUGAUAGAAGAACAUCAAGAUUACGAAGGUUCAGAAGUUCAGGACGAACUUAACGAAUGGAUAGAGGAACGCGAUCGACUGAGAAAUGAAAUAAAGUGUGUAUUCAAUAAACAGUUCGGCUCGGUCUUCAGAACGUAUCACAAUCCGACCUACUUCUCAAGAAGACUUUUUAGGUUCGCGGAUGUUUACAUGAGUUCGAUUACGAAUCUUUUAGAAUACUCGACCAGUCACACGUUUUAUCCAAGGAGAGGUGUCAUGCCUCACGAAUACACGAGUUACUUCGUGUAAAUAGCUCGAAUUUCUAAAUGUCCCGUUUCUCUCUCUCUCUCUCUCUCUCUCUCUCUCUCUCUCUCUCUCUCUCUCUCUUUCUUUCUCUUUCUUUUUCUCUUUACACAUAUAUAUAUAAAGAGAGAGAGAGAGAGAGAUAAAUAGGGAAAUAUAUAUACACAUAUAUUUUUUUAUUCUUUUCUUUUUCCAUGGGAAUGGUUUCUACUUCAUGUAAAUUCUUCCUCCUAUAAGUCACAGUUAAACAAUCAAAAGAAAAGAAAUAUUCUCGAGUUUAACUCGAUACAUUUAAAUAAGUAUCUAAUUAAUCUAGUUAAAGUUUAUCUAGUUAAAGUUUGAUUCGAGGGAAAGAUCGAUAGAUGGUUUUUUAAUUAAAUCACUUGUCGAUCGAGCCGAGGGAUAACAUUAAUUGAAUUCUCUUGAUUAAAAGAUCAUCUACAUCAAAAUUUAUAUAUAAUAUUAUAUAUAUAAGUGUAGGUAUAGAUGAGCCUGUGACAUAUGUCAAUGUAUGUAAUAGUAUUAAAAAGAUAUUAUCUAUAUUACCAUUAUGUUUAUAUAUAUAUAUAUAUAUAUAUAUAUAUAUAUAUAUAUAUAUAAACUUAAUAGGAUUUUAGCAAACUGUUAUAUGCACUUGAAUAAUCUUCAUUCGUAACGCUAUAAUUAAUGAAACGAAAUAUAUAUAAAUGUGUGCAUUUAUCUACCAAUGCCAAAAUGUCUUCUUGCAACUAAGGUUGUUCAGAUUUUUGAGAGAAGUCAGAAAAAAAAUAGUAGAAUUUGUUCAAGUACAAAUAUAUCGUAGUUAAAGAUAAAAUUUUAAUUGAUGCUAAUUGUUGAAGAAAAAAGAGAUAUAGUAUGUAUAUACAUUCAUAUAUAUAUAUAUAUAUUUAAAUUAUCGUUAUAUCAUACAAAAAAAUGUAUAAUAAUUUUACAAAUUUACGACGAUAAUUUAAAUUAGAUUUAUUGUUCAUUUUAUCUAAGGAUCAAAUCAGAGAAAAAAACCGUUCGAAAACAUAUCUAAAAGUUAAUUAGAAGAUUUUAUAAAUAAUAUAGUAUUCUUUUUAAAUUUUUGGAAAUUUAUUUUUGGAAAUGUAUUUUCCUUCGUAACGAUUGAUCUUGUGUAAAAAUCAAAGAAA